GCGUGUCCCAGCUCAUCGGAAGCCGAAUCCACGUUCGACACAGUCGUCAUCUGCCCCUCUGUUGGCUUGACUAAGUCCCCGCUUCUAGCCAAUCCUCGAGGAUCAUCCACCACCCGGCGCAGAUCAUCUGCACUCCAUCUCGCAUAGUCCCUGCAGACCGUUCUCUUGGUCUUGACUUCCUGGACCACGGGCCUUCUCUGCAGACGCAGUAGCGCACGCUCCUCUUCUCCUCGUUUUAUUCGGGAUCUAAAACUUGACUAAAACUAGUCUCAAACAUGGCGAAUAACUCGUUCCGAGACUCUGUUAACUCACUAGGGUGGUCGCGUAGAGAUCCGGAUCUCCCCGUCAACACUAGAACGUCAUCAAACACUCCAUUCUUAUCCCGUCUACAGUCUUACAACCCGUUCAGCGAAGGCGGUUAUGUCCAACUACCUACUCACAAUGAAGGUCCUGGGGCCCCAUUGCCGGCAGCUACUCGACGGGAAGAAGAAGAGGGCUUCUUUGCUUUGAGUCGGUGGGACCGUAUGCUCAUCUUCGGCGCAUGUAAUUUGGGCGCCGCCGUCUGUUUCAUGAUAUGUUUCUUCUUGUUCCCCGUCUUGUCGCUCAAGCCCCGCAAAUUCGCGGUCUUAUGGUCCGUCGGCUCAGUGUUGUUCUUGCUAUCAUGGGCGGUUCUCAUGGGACCGUGGACUUACGCUAAGCAUUUGGUCUCGGGAACAAGGUUGCCAUUCACAGCGGCCUAUUUCGGAGCGAUCGCCCUGACGCUCUACUUCGCCAUCGGGCGUCAGAACCUCUUCCUUACUCUCAUCUCCUCGAUCUUCCAGCUCGCUGCCCUGGUCUGGUACCUCGUCAGCUAUUUCCCCAUGGGCAGUACUGGCCUGCAAUACGUGGGUCGUUUCGGAGCAUCGCGUGUUACAGCUUGGAUUAGUGGUUGAUUUGUUCACUUGCUCGUGU